AAUGAAAACAUUGCUCGUAUUUUCGAUUUAUUUAUAAACCGCACACCGCACACACUUGUUCCGUCCGAAGUUCUCCGUUCGCUCUUCUGUCCGACGAUCCUCGGGCGAACAGCUGCUGGCUGUCGUACACGUCUCCCUCGGAUCGUCGUGCAUCGUGCUGCCUGCCGAUGUAAAAACUACAGCAUUUCAUCAUCAUGACGAAGGACCAGCAGGCCACGCCCAUACCCGAGGAGCUGUACAAUCUCACACAGCUGGCGGAGGUGACACUGGCGGCGGGUCCACUGAACACAGAGGUGGAGUCGGAGGUGAAGCCACACUUUUAUGCCUGUUCGUCGGACGAUGAUUCCAACUACUACAGCCACAAGGUGUUCGAUCGCAGGAAAUCGCGACGCUGCACCAUCUCCGACUCGAACUCCUGCACGAGCAGCAGCAGCAGCAACGGCAGCCACCAAUCGGGAGAGCCACAGGAGCAGCACGAUCACCAAGAGCAGGCCAGCGAGGAUGUGCACAUUUGUCCGGAGUGCGGCAAGAAGUAUUCCACAUCCUCGAAUCUGGCACGCCAUAGACAAACCCACAGGUCAAAAACGGACAAGAAGGCACGCCAUUGCCCCUACUGCGAGAAGGUGUACGUGUCGAUGCCCGCCUACUCGAUGCACGUGCGCACCCACAACCAGGGCUGCGAGUGUCAUACAUGCGGCAAGCGCUUCUCCCGCCCCUGGCUGCUGCAGGGCCACAUCCGCACCCACACCGGCGAGAAGCCCUUCAAGUGCAGCGUCUGCAGCAAGGCCUUCGCGGACAAGUCCAAUCUGCGCGCCCACAUCCAGACGCACUCGAACACCAAGCCGCACUCGUGCGCCCGCUGCGGCAAGGCCUUUGCCCUCAAGUCGUAUCUGUACAAGCACGAGGAGUCCUCCUGCAUGAAGAACCGCAGCAGCAGUGCCACCGGCACCGGCACAGGGCGACCCCCUGCAUCGCCCAAGCGGCAGCAGGAGGGCGGCUCCAGCUGCGACUCCACUUGGGGUUCGAUGUCGGGCUCCCCCUCGACGGUGACUGUACCUCCGAUGGACUCCGCAAAGUCCACGCUGGCCAACAAACUGCUGCAGAAGGAGAAGGAGCGACGGCAGGCCCAGGCACUGGCAUAUCAGAGCUCUGCCUCGUCCUAUCCCUUGGAGGAUUACGAGCACUUCAAGCGGAUCAAUGUGAUCCAGCCGACGGCUCUGCCCCAUCCGAGUGUGCUCUACCAAGAGCUGCAUACGCGGCCCCUGGUGCUGCCCCUUUCGCUGCCCUACCACUAUCCUCACGUGCCCAAUCCACCGAACACAUCCACGGAGGGGACUCCCAGCACUGGGCCACAGGAGCAGCCGGUGGACUUUUCGCCAAAGAAUAAUUUUACUCACUCGGCCAAGACGAGUCCCUUUGAGCUGACGGGCAACUAUGCGAUGGUGGCAUAGUCUCAGGGAUCAAACAAACAAACACAAAAUAUAUCCACGAAAAAGACACCAAAGAGAGAACGAGAGAACUUGAAGGAGAAUCAAGGAUCAAGCCCACACCCCAACCCACGUCCAAGGCCAUUUUCUUACUGUAGUCAACGAAUAUGUGAUAAAAACCAAACAAAAACAAAAAACAAAAUAUGCGAAGGAGCUAGAAUACCAUUUAGAGAGUAGAUAAAUUCCAAAGAGAGAGCACUAGCUGAUCCACACAGACAGAUCACUCCAAAGAGAUGAAGAGAAAGUAAAAGAGCGAGAGAGAACGCGGAAGAGCAGCAGAGAUGGAAGUUAUACACAAAAUAUAUAUUCAUAGAUAUCUAUAUAGAGACAGGGAUCGAUCCGUUGGCAACUCUAAGGCCGCGAUCGUUUGAUCUUCACUUAGUUGUAAUGAGACUUUCUUUAGAGACUUGCCAAAGAACAACGACAAAAAACCAAUGUAAACCAGUAUUUUUUUGAUAGCACAUACAAAUAACGAUCGAUCGAUCGAUCAAUCGAUCAAUCAGCAUACAUAUAUGUAGAUCCAGCAAUCCGUGCACCUGCGAUCGUCGACACCCCCCACAAGCAGCAAAGCUAAUUUUACACACAAAUUUCUUCACUUACGUGUACCCAUAGAAUUAUGAUUUACACAUGAAAAGUAUACACAUAGUUAACCUUAUUAAUCAUUAAACAAUUCGCUUUAAGGCAUUGAGGAUUUGGCUUCCUGCUUCCCGCACGGAAGUCCAACCAAAACGAGAGAUAUCUAGUCUUUAUCUUAAAAUUCAGCGCACAUCUUGUGGAUCUAUUCCUCAUGUGGUUAUUUUAAGCACUCUUGAUGGCCGCAUGUGGUGCAAUAAUUGACAUAACUAUAACACUAAUUAGCCCCUGGACACACACUCUAGCCUCUAGCCUAUACAUUUAGACAUACAUUUUAUCGCUUAUUAUUUUGUAGCACUUUAGUUAGUUACGUUAUCAUCGAGCACAUUUAGAGGGGAUAAACGAGAAGCACACUGCAUUUUCUAUACUCAACCAACGACUCGAACCUACAGCUAAUCGCACCAAAGAUACAUACAUAUACACAUAUACCUAUCUACUAUAUAGAAUGCAUAUAUAUUCGUACUUAACAUACACAUAUACACCCUAUUCUAUAUCGCGUAUACACGUAUAUCUAGAUCUUACAAUUGUAUUAUAGAACUUGCACAUUUAUUCGAAUUAAACGAGAGAUCCAACGAUCCCUGUGAAA